AUGUCUGGUCUAGUUGCGAGAAUUUUUCGCCCUGCAUUACGUACUCUCCAGCCAAAAACCUUUUUCCUAACUUCACAAAAAAGAUUUAGAAAAGACGAGCCUGUAUAUGACUUCCCUCCUACUGAUGAUUUGGGUAGAUUUUUCCCUAAAUAUGCGUCUAAGUUCACUAAACGACAUGCUGAUGCACUGCGAGUGAGUUUUGAGCCAGUUGAUAAGUACGAAGUUAUACCUGAUGUUAAAGUCACCAUUCCAGAACGUUACGUUCUCCCCGAGGUCAAUCACGAUUUGCUUGCCUCUAAAGAUUCAAUGUUGAAAAAUUCGGGUCUCGAUACAGGCACAAGCGAAUCUACAACUGAUACACUAGUAAACGAUCUGCUACUUCAUGUAGUCAACUUGGAUGCUUGGCCCUUUAAAGUUAGAAUUAAACCACCCCUUAAACUAAUCACGAGUAAUGAGUCUGUGUCAGCAGAACCUGAAUUUGUGGUUAAUAAGAAAAAAAUUGCUUUGAUAGAAUGGCAAAUCGCUGCCGAAAUGCUUGCCUGCGGAUAUGAGAAUAUGAUUAAUAAUUACGUUGAUCAAGAACUUUUUGCCUUCCGUGUCAUUUCUACCUAUGUUACAUUUUACCGAGCUGAAAUUCCCAUAUUAUAUUGGGAGGAACUUAGUGAACAACUGCCAAAAGUGCAGUCAAUCGUGAUUAAAAGGUGGCCAAAGGAAAAUGGUAAAGAGACUGGUCUAAAUCUUGCUGAACCAGAUGAAAGAAAGGCGGUGAUAACGGAUCUUAUCAAAAUCCGUCAACGUCUUUUGAAAUAG